CGGGGUGGAUCUUCGCAAUGAACUGAAGAGGCUGCGUCGUGAGGUCCAAGAGAAGGAUCGCCGACUGGAGGAGUUGGAACGCAUCGUGGCUGGACUACAGCAGGCUAUUCCUCAGACCGCGACGUCACAGGGCUAGCUGGAUGCGCUGGAUCAAGAUUUCAACGAGUGGUAUUGAUUUGAUCGCUCUUUCUCUUUCUUAUCAUUUGUUGCGUUUCCCUGUUUUCGUGCUACUUUGGCUCUUUCCCUUUCGCUUUCCUUUCUUCCCCGCUUCUUACUUUUUUGGUUCAGAGUCGUUUUACUUCAUUUUCAUGGUUUGUUGUAUGAAAUUUGCAUUCUAAGGGCGUUCAAACUAUGCAAAUUACGGGGCCU